AUGGAUGACCAGGAAGAGGUAUUUAAUUUUGCAAAAGAUGAGUAUGAGAGGAAUGAGUCACAUGACAAGGUUAUUGGACCGAUGGUUUGUUGUUACAGUUUGUCCUUUGAUUCCAAUAUAUCAGAAGAAUCGUAUAAGGGGUUUUUAUAUUUUAAACGUAACGGGAAACCGAUACCUGUGACAUUUGUAAAAGUUGACGGAGUUGAUGGGAAAGAUGCUGCUAGUAGGGCGGAAUUAAUUUUUCAUACGACUUAUGGAGUUAGUGAUGAUGUGGUUUUAAGGCCUCGGAGGCAUUUGUUCAUUAAGCAGAAGCAUUUUGCCAAAAUUCCUGAUGACAUAGAGAUGAGGAAGGGUGUAUGGUGUGUUUGUUAUGAUCGUUUUGAACCUCUCAAUCAUUGGACCGAAAAGGUUCAGUCGGGUGAAAUUGUUCAGUAUGAUGAUAAGGUUAAAUUACCUAUUCGGACUCCUGAUGACCGUCUUCAAGAUUUUUGGCGUAUAUCUAUUGGGAAUUUGAUUCAUUGUGUGCGUAGCAUUCAUGAUAAGGGCUUAUUCCAUGGUGGUUUGCGUAAGCGGUCUAAUUUUGUGUUUGUUGACAAAAAGUUGAAAGUAAUCCACGUUGAGGGAUCCUUGGCUGGCUUGAGUCCUCCUGAACAAGACGAAAGAAAGAAAAAAGAUAUCAUGGACCUUAGGACGAUGUUAGAUUCUUGGUUCAAGAAAAUUUUGGGGUCCAAAUAUAAAUGGAACGAAUGUAGUAGCUUCUUGAAGUUCUUCGACUGUGUUGAGCAUUUGGACUAUCCUGACUGCGUCAUGAAAUUGGCAUCUCAUCCGUUCUUGUUAAGCUCUAAAGAAAGGAUGGGUAUGUUUGCAAGUUAUUAUCGUGAGUGGCAGAAAGUUACUACACGGCAAGAUGUGGAAGAUGCUUUCAAAUCAUCUGAUUUUGAUAAGUUCAAAUCAUGGAACCGUGAUCCUGUCCUUUGUUCUAUGGAUAAAUUUAUGAAAGGAGUUUAUUAUCAUUCUUCUGGCAACUACACUGGGGACGUGGUGAACCUUCUUAGGUACUUGAGGAAUUUGUACAAUCAUUAUUAUCAAUUAAAGGCUUUGACUGUUAAUAUGGUAGAUGUGGACCGUGGUGUUCAAAAGCUGUUUGCUGGGUUUUUAGAGCUCCUGCACAAACAUUUGCGUACAGUUCCGUAG